AUGACUGCCUUAAACAAAACGAAGGUGUGUGCCGGACAUGACCAUACGUUUCCGGUAACCCAGCAAACUAUAGACUAUAUUUUGAUUCAAGAUACAUUUGUGGAUUGCGUAUCGUCAUGUACAGUAUUCUCAACUGAAGAUACCGAGAUAGCAUCUGACCAUCAUCCAAUCACAGCACAGUUCAGACAAGAAGUUGCGCGAUACAACACUUUUAAACAAAAACAACCUAACCCUACAUGGACAAAGGCAACAAUAAAUAGCCUCAUCGCGUACCAAUUAUUAGUGGAUUCUGAAAUCAACAGUCUACCUGAUCUAAGCCGUAUUGACGACAGUACACACAUUGAAAUGCUAUGUGAACAACUGACUUUUAUCCUAAACAACGCCGCUAAACAGUGCAUUCCACAUUCGGAAUAUAAUCCUGUAUUAAAACCAUACUGGACCAAGGAUGUCCGAACUUCUCAUAAAAUCGCUCGAACCAAACGGAAAAUAUGGAUAGAAGCUGGGAGACCUAGAGGUAAUCAAUAUGAUGCUUACCGGGAAUAUAAAGCUGCAAAAAGACACUUUCGGGAACUCCAUGAGAAAGCCUAUACCGACUAUGAAACAAAUAUGAACGAGGAACUGAAUGUAGCGGCCGACUGCGACAUACGUCUAUUUUGGCAGUUAAUCAGACGACGGAAAAAACAACCGCCGAACAUUUGUAAUGAAAUCAAAAUGAACAAUGCUAUAGCCCGUGACCCGGAAAGUAUUGCAAAUCAAUUUGCAAACUUUUUUGAAAAAUUAUAUCAUUCUCCCGAUUCCGAUACACGUACUCCCACAGAAAUAUUCACCGAAGUAUCGAUGGACGAGUCGUGUGAAGAACUUAACCGUGAAAUUUCUUUCGAUGAAAUUGUAGAAGCUAUUCAGAAAAUGUAUAAAUUAUAUGAAAGUAUUAUCCACAAAUGGCUCACUUCGUGGCUCGCGGAAAACUGCUCAACCUUCCCGAAUGAACAACAACAGGGCUUUCAACGAUUUAUCGGCUGCCAAACAGCAUCAUUCCUACUCCAAGAAACACUGUAUGCAAAUAUUGAACAGCACAGUAAAAUGUAUGCGGCUUUCCUUGAUAUAAAGAACGCCUUUGACACCGUGUGGCAUUCGGGACUCCUGUAUAAACUGAAACAGAAAGGAAUCAAAGGGAAAUUACUUACCAUCAUCAGGAACACAUAUUCAGGACUAAAAAGCACCAUCUUAUGCAAUGGAACUACAUCCCGCUGGGUCGACAUGGAACGCGGAUUGAGACAAGGAGGAGUCCUAUCCACGUUAUACUACCUUAUCUUCAUUGACGAUCUCCUUAACGAAUUGUCCGAUUCUAAUUAUGGUGCUCCACUAAAUGCCAUCCGCUGUGGCAACCUUACACUUGCCGACGACAUUACCCUACUAGCCUUAUCACCGCGUGCGCUGCAAAAUCUUCUCGACAUUUGUCAGAAUUAUUCGUUCCAAUGGAAAUUUAAAUUCAAUGCUACGAAAAGUUGUACAGUGGUAUUUGGUGGACGUUCCGAUAGUAAUAUGUUUCACUGGAUCCUAGAUGGAAUAGAACUGGAAGUGAAAGAGACUCAUGAACAUCUGGGGAUACCGAUUUCAAACAAUUUAUCAUGCUCCAAAAAGAUUGAAAAAAGCUACAAUACAUCAGAUGAAGGAUUUGUCCAAAUCAUUUUUGGACAAGAACAGGAAAGUAAUGAGGACUCCAAAACCUUCCAGAUAAUGGCCACUCGCUUUCUGAGAGCUGCGUCACAUGCAUUUCUCGCACCCAACGACCAAAACUAA